AUGAAGUCGUCGUUUCCGAAGGGGGAGUCUGGGAUUUUAGCGACUAUAUUCAACUUAGCGAACACGAUUAUAGGGAACGGGACGUUGGCAGUUCCGUUUGCGAUGUUAUAUUCCGGAUGGGGAGGAGGGUUACUGUUAAUGUCAUGUGCGUGGGUGUUGUCUGUAGUCACGAUCUACUUUCUAACGCUUUCCUGUGAACUCACAGGGAAGUCGACAUAUAAAGAUAUCUCACAGAGAGUAGGUGGUGAAGUUCUCUCGACCUUAGUUCAAGUCUCAGCGAUGUUAUAUACGACUGGGACGUGUAUUGGAUAUAUCAUCUUCUUAGGCGGGUUUUUGCCGUAUAUAAUAGGGAAUAACUCUUUCUUUGCUGAUCGUUCAUUUGAGAUCACAUUAAUAUGUAUUCUACUGAUAUAUCCUUUAAGCUUUUCAAGGACUUUAGACGCGUUGAAAUGGUUUUCUAUCGGCGCUGUGAUAUGUGUGGCAUAUACUGCUGUAGUUAUAGUUGUUGAAAGCUAUACCACAUACUUUGCGCCAGAUAUUAAAGUCUUUUCUAUCACGUGGAACACAUUCAGAGGGUUUCCGAUAUACACCGGCGCGUUCUGUUGCCAUUAUAACGUCUUCCGAUUUUACGUGGAACUCAAAAAUCGAUCGGUGAAAAAACUGACGUGUAUCUCUCUAGUAUCCACCUCCAUCGCUUAUAUCGCAUAUGCACUUGUUGGAGUGUUUGGAUACAAGUCGAUGGGUAAAGAUGUCGUUGGCAACGUACUGAUCAGUUACCCGCGAAGUGAUAAGUACAUCUUAGUCGCUUGCAUAUCCUUCUGUUUCAUCAUGGCUGCAAGUUUCCCAUUGGUCCACUUUGCUCAGAGGAGUUUAUUAGACACAAUGUUGUUUGACAGAUGGCGGGAGAGUACGACAAGGCGGAUCUCUGAAAGUUUGAUCUUUGUAUCUCUCGUAAUCCUUGUCGCAGUAGUUGUGAAGGAUAUUGAAAUAGUCUUAGCAUACAAUGGCGCGAUAUUUGGAGUGAUCAUUGUAUAUGUCUUCCCAGCAUAUUUCGUGUUUAAGUUAACUACAGGUUGGAGAAAGAUAUUAGCUUUGAUCACUGGGAUAUUGGGGAUUAUUCUUGGCAUAGUCGGAGUCGUUUUGACCACCUUAGAUCUUUGUGGUGUGUUUAAAUAA